CAAUAGAAUGUAAGAUAGUUACUUGCGAGUCCAGAAAACACCUUUCGGUGAAUGGAAGAAGCACCGACCGACCCCUGUGUAGUCGACGGAGUCAUGGGCGCCAAGAUGGACUUCGCGCCGUUUCGAGUGCGAAAGGAUCUCAAUGAAUUGGCAAAGGGAAGGUUCGUCUGCUCUCACGCAACGACCCAGAUCGAGUUCCCCGACGGCACCGGCAACAUAUUGCACAUCCUGAUCUCCAUCUCCGUGGGUGACGUUGACAGUCCGUAUGCAAAUGGAGACUUUCGCUUCCAGUUUGACAUACCCCGCACGUACCCGUUCCACGCUCCAGUUGUGAAGAGUUUGGACAAAAUAUGGCAUCCCAAUAUCGACAUUAACACAGGACAAGUGAUGUUUUCCAUUCUGGGCAACGACUGGCGGCCUGUCCUGAGUAUCAACACGAUCCUGCUCGGCUUACAACUCAUUUUUCUCGAGCCCAGCAUUGAAUUUGCAGUGAAUCAAGUCGCCGCGACGACAUUGGUAAACGAUCCGCAGUUGUUUCGAAGACAAGUCCAGCACACGCUCUGCGGAGGAGCAAUUUAUGGUGUUGAAUUCCUUCGUCACCCACGCCAACGCCUGCACGUGACGAAUGAACCGGUCAAUCGACUCCAUUGCAAACGGGAGCGCGAGUUGGAGCGUGAAAUCGAGCACAUGACGAUCUCCCAGUCGAUGGACUGCGAAGUGACCGACGAAGAUAGCGACCACCACCCUGAUGGUCCUGCCUUCAAGCGUCAUCGUGGCAUGUAAUCCGUCUUAAUAUCUAUGCGCUCGUCGACGGAGCAUUACACAA